UCCGCGUCCUGGCCGCGGCGGCAGCUCGUGGCAGUGUGGUGAGGGCGUCCGUCCGCGUCGGUGCCGUGCUGCCGCUCCGUCCGCGUCUCGUGCCAUUGUGAGAGCCGCUCACUCUGCCUCCUUCCGCCCGCGCUUCCCGCCGCCAAGUGCUCACGCCUGGAUGGAGUGUCAGUUACCAUGCUGAGUCAGUGAGUGUUGUGCAGGGAGUGCGGAGGAAUCUCGGGAUCAGUGUUUGAGUGUUGCGCCAUGGGCGGCUGCAGUGUGUGGUGUGGGUGGCUGGCUGCGGCGGUGGCGCUGGUGACCUAUCGCGCCGCGGGCGGCUUCGUGCUGGAGGGCUCGCCCACCUCCUUCGCGCAGUUCCCGCGCUGGGUGCCGGGCCCCAACGGCUCGUUGGAAUUCGAGUUCCUGACGCGGGAGCCAAGCGGCCUCUUCUUGUACACCGACGACGGCGGAUCCUACGAGUUCUUUGAAGUGAAGCUGAUCGAGGGCGCGGUCCGCCUGCACUACAACCUGGGCGGCGGCGCCCGCCUGCUGACGGUGGGGCGCGGCCUGAACGACGGGACGUGGCACAAGGUGCGGGUGUCGCGGCGCCACGACCGCACGCAGCUCACGGUGGACGGGGCCACGGAGACCCGCUCGGCCAAGGCGCUCGUGCACGAGUUCGGCUCGCCCGCCUCCAACUCCUUCGUGUACGUCGGCGGCCUCCCCGAGCUGCUCACUAGGCAGGUGGGCGCCAAGCUCACGCUGCCCGUGAUCACGCUCGAGCCGCGCUUCGCCGGCCAGUUCCGCAACCUGGUGUACACGGGCGCCGACGGCAAGUCCCGCAACCAAGACAUGAUCGCCAGUCAGGUGAGUCUCCGGAGUCGGCAGCGCCCGCGGCGGCAACGCUCGAGUCCGGCAGUUGCAGAGGCUCGUGGGCGGCUGCAAGGCUAUGCACGGCGGCUUUUGGGAUUGAUCGCUGGUCUCUGA